CUUCAGGCACAGAUUGUCCUUGCUUUACUUCCUGUAAACAUCAUCUUCAUCUUUGAACAACAGCAAUCAAAGUCUUUUUUUAAUUUGUGCUGCAAAGGUUGUGGAGACAGUGAUCACGUGUUUCGGGGACACAGAUGAGGAAUCGGCAGAGGAAGAGGGGGAUGAUGUUGUGACGGUCAUAUAUGAUGGCUCAGACGACAGCAUGGAUGGCCAGAGACAAACCAGCGUAGAGGAUAAAGAUGACCCUUCUUCCUCUGGGGAGGGUAUGCCAGUCGAGGAGGAAGAGGAAGAUGAGCAGGCAGAGGAUGAGAGCGAUGACGAGUGGGUCAUUAAGUCUGAGGAGGCUUGGAGUCCGUCUGGAGGUGAGGGUUCCGCUGCGGGAUCUAAGCCCGAGGCCAGCAAGGAGCCUGAGCUUGAGCCUCCCAUGGUGUGGUGCAGUAAUUGCAAUGCAGAUUUCACACGCAGCUGCUACGGACUGCGCCACAGACGGAUCUACGGCUGCCUUCAGUGUGGCACCAAAGAUGGUGCCCAGAGGGACACCGGGAACCAAGAGUCCAACACCAGUAACAACCAGGACACCACCAGUAACAACCAGGACACCACCACCACCACCAGUAACAACCAGGACACCACCACCAGUAGCAACCAGGACACCAUCACCAGCAGCAACCAGGACACCAUCACCAGUAGCAACCAGGACACCACCACCACCACCACCAGCAGCAGCAGCAACCAGGAGCAUGGGGCACUGAACUUCCAGGAGCUGGCUGUGUGCUUCGGUGAUCUAGACAGCUUCCAGAAGCACGCCCGACAGUGUCACGGCAUCAAGCAAUUCCGGGAGCCCUGCCCGGACUGUGGCAAGUUCAUCACCAUGAAGAACAAGGUGAGCGGGGGACUCCCACACACCUGCGAGCACAAGGCCAGACCCAACUCAUGCCUCGUCUGCGGGAAAGGAUUCCGCAGUCAGAAGGGACUUCUGAAACACAUGACCUGGGUCCACAAGGGGAAACCCAACAUAGUGCGCUGCAACUACUGCCUCAAGCGCUUCACUUUCCGGAAACAGAAAAUCGAGCACGAGAAGAUCCAUCAGAACGAGGAACUGAAGUUCUCCUGCACGCACUGCCCGCUGCGGUUCCCAGACUGCUACAGUCGUAGCGCGCACAGAAAGACACACCGGGUUUUCAACACUUUUGUUUGCAAGGUCUGUGACCGUCCCUUCACACAGGCCUAUAGCCUGGAGCGGCACAUGGCCAUCCACCGGGGCCUGAAGCCCUACGCCUGUGAGCUGUGUGACCGCACCUUCAACCAAUCAGGGCACCUCAAGUCCCACAUGCGCGUCCACACAGGGGAGAAACCCUUCAAGUGCCAGGACUGUGGGCAGUGCUUCAACCACAACGUCAGCCUCAAGAACCACAUGCAGCGCAAACAUAAACCCAGAGAUGAAGAGUGGGCGUGGGGUGAGGAGGGGUAGGAAGAUGGAGGGUGACUUGACCACACGCUCAGGGCCUGGUUGAUAAGGACUGAAUGACCACACGCUCAGGGCCUGGUGGAUAAGGACUGAAUGACCACACGCUCAGGGCCUGGUGGAUAAGGACUGAAUGACCACACGCUCAGGGCCUGGUGGAUAAGGACUGAAUGACCACACGCUCAGGGCCUGGUGGAUAAGGACUGAAUGACCACACGCUCAGGGCCUGGUGGAUAAGGACUGAAUGACCACACGCUCAGGGCCUGGUGGAUAAGGACUGAAUGACCACACGCUCAGGGCCUGGUUGAUAAGGACUGAAUGACCACACACUCAGGGCCUGGUGGAUAAGGACUGAAUGAAUGCUAUGUGCCUGAACGGGGAAGAGCAGGGCUCUCCACGCUGUGCCUGUGAAUGAGCGGAUUAGACUGAGGAAAGGUGCCCUGCAGUAGAUCUGGGUCAGGCUGUCUGCAGGAGCAUUGAAGGCACUGGUCUCAUGUGGACUGGAUGUAUAUUAACAUCUCUGUCUGGGAACAGCCGUGGUUGAAUGUGGACUGGAUGUAUAUUAACAUCUCUGUCUGGGAACAGCCGUGGUUGAAUGUGGACUGGAUGUAUAUUAACAUCUCUGUCUGGGAACAGCACUGGUUGAAUGUGGACUGGAUGUAUAUUAACAUCUCUGUCUGGGAACAGCACUGGUUGAAUGUGGACUGCCUGCUGUCUGUGUGAGGGGUAGUAGUAUUCUGACUGAAGGGGGAGGAGUCAUGAAUCAGUGCUGCAGUGGAAGGCCACAAUCAGCUCCACAUACGGGGCAACAGUGGUACAGGAGGUAGAGAAGUCAUUUAGUAAUCAGAAGGUUGCUAUUUCGAUUC